AUGAAGUUCGGAAAGAGUUUUUGUACCCUGAAUGUUGGCGGUCGCAGGUUUUCCUUCCCGGUGGAGCUGAUGAAGCGCCUCCCGCUCAGCAGACUCAGCCGGCUACAUCGCUGCGUGUCAGAGAGUGAGCUGCUGGAGCUCUGUGACGACUACGACCGUGACAGAAAUGAGUUUUUCUUUGACCGGCACUCGGAGGCUUUCAGCUUCAUCAUGCUGUACGUGCAACAUGGCAAGCUGCGCUUCGUACCGCACAUGUGCGAGCUGUCCUUCUACAACGAGAUGCUGUACUGGGGCCUAGAGAGCUCUGACCUGCAGCUGUGCUGCCAACGUAGGCUUGACGACCGCAUGUCCGACUGUUUUGUCCAUUUUUUCCCUGAGGAGGAGGUGCAAGGCCCCGAGGAGCACCGCAGCCGCUGGCUGGAGAGUAUGAGGAGAACGUUCGAGGAGCCCACUUCCUCGCUGGCAGCUCAGAUCCUUGCUUCAGUGUCGGUGCUGUUUGUGGUCAUCUCCAUGGUGAUGCUGUGUGCCAGCACCUUACCAGACUGGAAGACUACUGAGACCCUGGACCAGCACAGGUACCUCUCUCUGAUUGGCUGUCCCCCCUUCAGGAUCAUUGAGGCAGUCUGUAUCGGCUGGUUCACAGCUGAAUGUAUCAUCCGGUUCCUGGUGUCUCGUGAUAAAUGUGAGUUUGUCCGUCGUCCUCUGAACAUCAUCGACCUGUUGGCCAUCAUGCCGUACUACAUCUCCGUUACCAUGACGAUCCUGACCGGAGAAAACUCUCAGCUGCAGCGUGCCGGUGUCACGCUGCGCAUCCUGCGCAUUAUGCGGAUCUUCUGGGUGAUCAAGCUGGCGCGUCACUUUCUGGGCCUGCAAACACUUGGCCUGACGCUGCGACGCUGUUACCGUGAAAUGGUGAUGCUGCUGGUCUUCAUCUGUGUCGCCAUGGCGAUUUUCAGUGCGCUGGCCCAGCUGCUGGAGCAUGGCCUAGACCUAGAGGCUGGAAACCAGGACUAUGCCAGCAUCCCCGCCGCCUGCUGGUGGGUCAUCAUCUCCAUGACGACAGUGGGAUACGGCGACAUGUACCCAGUGACGGUGGCGGGCCGCGUGCUGGGCGGCCUGUGUGUGGUGAGCGGCAUUGUCCUUCUGGCGCUGCCCAUCACCUUCAUCUACCACAGCUUCGUCCAAUGCUACCAUGAGCUGAAGGUGCGCUCCGCCCGCUGCAGCCACAGCCUGUCCGGCGAUUUCAUCAACUGA